CCAUUGAGAUCGAGCUUUCUUCCUGCCGACUUGCGAAUCUCUUUAGUUGCCUCACAAUCCCGGCUCCUGCAUGUAAGCGGCCGGAGACUCCAGGAGGAGAAGCCAAAGCCCGAGGCAAAGGCUGCCGAGGACAAGACUGAGCCAAGGGCCAAGAUUGAGGAAGAGCCGACCAAGGACUCCGAAGAAAAGGCCGAUGGUAAGGAGGAUGCCAAGGCAGAUGGCAAGGAAGAGGGCAAAGAAGAAAAGAAAGAGGAUCUGCCUCCUCCCCCGCCGCAUGGUGACAAGACACCCUGGCAGGUGUUCAUGGAGACGAUGAACACUGAGCUUCAAAAGUCCCAAGAAUGGAACGAGUCAACCAAGCAGAUUGCCGCCUCCGCAAACCAGUUUGCCGAGAGCGAAUCAGUUCGACGAGCUCGUGAGGCUUACGAAAAAUCCACCGGCGCCAUCUCAGAAACCACAUCCAAGGCUGUGAAGACCACCGCCACGGCCAUUGGAAAGGGCGCAGCCUGGACCUGGGACACAUCCGUUAUGAAGGGUGUGCGAAAGGCUGCCAACGUCACUGGCGAUGCCGUCGACAAGGCCACAAAGCCCAUCCGAGACACCGAGGCCUACAAGAACGUCAAGAAUGUCAUUGAUGAUGGCAGCUCUUCUAGGUAUGGUGGAUGGGUUGAAAAAGAGGAGCGUAGGAAGAGGAGAGAGCAGCUGGCAAAGGAACGUGGUGAAGAUGAAGUCCUCCAGGAGGAUCCCAACGCCGGCACCAACGUCACUUUGCACAAGGACGCAGCUUGGAAGGAAGCCUGGAGAGACUUCCGCGAUAGCAACAAGUUUGUGCAGGGUGUAUUCAGCAUGAAGGGCAAAUACGAGGAGUCAGAAAACCCCCUCAUCUCGACUGCCCGAAGCAUCACCGACACGAUUGGCGGCUUUUUUGCCGAGAACGAGACUGCCAUGGUCAUCAAGAAGUUCCGUUCAAUGGACCCGAGCUUCCGAAGCGAGCCCUUCUUGCAGGAGCUGCGCGAGUACAUUCUCCCCGAGGUGCUGGACGCCUAUGUCAAGGGAGACACAGAGGUGUUGAAGCAGUGGCUCUCAGCUGCCCAGUUCUCGGUCUACGAGGCCCUCACGAAACAAUACCUCCAGGCAGGCAUGAAGUCGGAUGGCCGUAUCCUGGACAUCAGGAACGUGGAUAUCCUGAAGGCUCGCAUGCUGGAUCCUGGCGAGAUUCCCGUCUUCAUCAUUACGUGCCGAACCCAGGAGGUCCACGUUUACCGCAACGCCAAGACCAACGAGCUGGCAGCCGGUAUGGAGGACAAGGUGCAGCAGGUGACAUAUGCCAUUGGUAUCACCAGAGUUCCAGAGGAUGUCAACAACCCCGAGACGAGGGGCUGGCGUCUGAUUGAGAUGCAGAAGAGUGGAAGAGACUGGGUCUAAGAAGAGAAAGAAG